CAUGGCUUCCGCACCUAGUAUGGGGGAGAGAAGAGGGGGGGGGGCAACGUAGGGAUCUCUCUCUGCGUCGACCUGGCUAGGUCGAUGAAGCAAUCCUAAAAACAGCUUCAUCCUUACUUCCUACCUGAUCAACUUACCCGAUCAACUAACGUCCACUCCUCUUCGCUUCUCCCCAUUCCCCAGCCUGCGCUCGGUCGCAUCCAUCCGCCCUACGUCCUCCAUAUACGUUACAGUUUCCGACUACCAGCCGUCUGCUACGGUUGCUGAUAGCGAGCCAGACAGCCUAUCCUCGUCUUCUCUCAUUUAGUCGCUCCCACGCCACGCCACUCUGGAGAAACCCAGUCCGGCGGCGUUGUCGGCAACUCGACCACCUACGCAACCUGACGAGGCCGCGACCGGGGAGGAUCAUUUGACACUGAAUGAAGCCAGAAGAACUUGGCCUCCGGCACAACCAGGUAGACUUACGCAUCGUGGGCCAUCCCACGCGCAAAUAUGAGCUACGAUUCCGAGAUCCACUCGCUGAGUGACACGAUGGUUGAUAGCCAGGAUGAGAUGGUCGUCCAGCCGGCCUCGGGCGAGAGGGAUCAGGUCGCUGAAAUCAACCCAGACCACCUAGACAACGACACCGAACAAUCCAAAAAUGUCAUCUUGGCCACCGACUUUGAGGCUAUGAAGGCGAUAGCGCUACCUCCUCUUCUUGACGAACCCCCGAUUCUGGAAGAUGCUGUCAACACCUGGACUGUGGAAAAUUGGAGAGCUCUCUCGAAAAAAGAGCAUGGCCCCAUAUUCGAGGCGGGCGGAUUCCCAUGGCGAAUACUCCUUUUCCCCUUCGGCAACAAUGUCGACCAAUCAUCGAUAUAUCUCGAGCAUGGCUUCGAGGACACAAGCAGCAUACCUGAGGACUGGAGUUGCUGCGUGCAGUUCGCGCUGGUCAUGUGGAACAUCAACCAGCCUUCCUUGCACUUCCACCACAACGCGCAUCACCGCUUUACCAAAGAAGAGAGCGAUUGGGGGUUCACUCGAUUUCUGGAGCUUAGGAAGAUGUUCCAACAGCCGUGGGACAACUCCAAUCGACCUCUGGUGGAAAAUGAUGCCGUCAACAUUACUGCAUAUGUUAGAGUGGUCAAGGAUGAGACAGGUGUGCUGUGGCACAAUUUCAACAACUACGAUUCCAAGAAGGAGACGGGCUAUGUUGGCUUAAAGAACCAGGGCGCCACAUGUUACCUCAACUCACUCCUACAAUCAUUAUUCUUCACCAACGCGUUCCGAAAGGCCGUAUACGAAAUCCCAACAGCCGAGGAUGAGAGCAUCACUAACAGUGCUUACACCCUCCAGAGGCUGUUUUACCAGCUCCAGAUAUCCAACUCGGCUGUGGGUACCACUGAACUGACCAAAUCCUUCGGCUGGGAUACUCGACAUAUCUUUGAGCAACAAGACGUGCAGGAGCUGUCCCGCAAGCUGAUUGAGCGUAUGGAAGAGAGGAUGAAGGGCACUGCCGCCGAGGAUGCCCUCCCACGUAUGCUCAGCGGUAAAGUCAAAACGUAUGUGUCCUGUAUCGACGUCGAGUAUGAAUCCAGCCGAAUUGAGGACUUUUGGGACAUUCAACUCAACGUCAGAGGCAUUCAUAACCUCGAGGAAAGCUUCAAGGAUUACAUUCAGCAGGAGACGCUAGAUGGCGACAAUAAGUACUGGGCCGGCGAUGAGUUCAAAUACCAGGAUGCUCGCAAGGGCGUCAUCUUCAAGAGCUUCCCCGAAGUGCUACACCUGCACCUGAAGAGAUUCGAGUACGAUAUCCAGCGUGAUACUAUGAUGAAGAUCAACGAUCGCUUCGAGUACCCCGAAGUCUUAAACCUGGAGCCAUUCCUCGACAACGACGCAGACAAAUCUGAGCCGUGGAUAUAUAAAUUACAUGGUGUUCUAGUGCACAGCGGAGACCUCAACGGCGGUCAUUAUUAUGCCUACCUUAAGCCUAAUAAGGACGGCUGGUUUCACAAGUUCGACGACGACAAGGUCACGAAAGCCACGAUGAGGGAGACCCUCGAGGAGAAUUUCGGAGGCGAGUACCCGGCAUCGCUUGUGCAGGCUCGGACCGGCCUCCAAAAGAAGGCGCCAAUAAUGCGUCAGAUGAGCGCGUACAUGCUAGUAUAUAUCCGAGAGUCUCGGCUAGAUCAAGUUUUGACGCCGGUCAACAAAGAAGACUGCCCGGCACACCUCCAGAAACGUCUCGAUGAGGAGGCGGCUGCCAGGGAAGCCAAGAAAAGGGAGCGAGAAGAGCAGCACCUAUACCUCCCCGCCAAGGUCAUCACCGAAGAGAGUUUCAGGCAUCACGGAGGGACCGAUCUCACAAAUUUUGACGCAAACCCUGCCGAGGAUCCCGCGGCGCCCAGGUUCUACCGCACAAAGAAGCAAACCAGCAUGGAGGAUCUAGUCGCGCAGAUUGCCCACGACAUAAACCAAAGUCCUAAGAUGGUACGUCUGUGGAUCAUGGUUAAUCGACAGAAUAAGACCACUCGGCCCGACCAGCCGAUAAUGGACUUGAAGCCGACGAUAGAAGAAACUUUCUCUCGAACCACCACGACAAGUAGAGACUAUGCACUGAGGGUAUGGGCUGAGGUAGCAGAGGAGGUCGACGCCAAAGGGGAUGCCAUUUGGCCUACCUACCAGAGCAACGCCAACGGCGUCGUCGUUAAAAAUGACUUGAUCCUCCUAUUCCUGAAACACUUCGACGCCGAGAAACAGACACUCGAAGGGGUUGGCCAUAUCUACGUCAGCAAAGAGAAGAGGGUUGAAGAACUAGUGCCUAUAAUUGCGAAGAAGAUGGGAUGGGGCGAAAAGUUGCCCUCGGGGGAGCAGUUAGCUAUGUGGGAGGAGAUCAAGCCGGCUAUGAUCGAGAGCUUGAAGGCAAAACAAUCCCUGAAGGCAGCCGAGUUGCAAGACGGCGAUAUAAUAUGCUUCCAGAGAGUGGUCGAUCGUAAGUCUGGAGAGAUACUUGGCAAGAUACCACGCCUCGGGGACAGGAGCCCGGAGGAGACACCUAGGCGGUGGGACAGAUACGACGAUGCUAAAGCGUUCUACGACUUCCUGUGCAACAAGAGGGAGAUUCGUUUCGACCCCCAUCCGCGGUACGAAAAGGCAAACUAUCAGAGUUUCAUCCUGACUCUUAGCACCAAGAUUUUCUACGACCAACUGGCCGAGAGGGUGGGCGAACAGUUGGGAGUAGAGCCGACUCACCUACGCUUCUUCACGGUCAACGCCUCGACGGGCACUCCUAAGGCGCCUAUCAAAAGGGCGCAAGCCCAGAAUCAAAACCUCGGCACCUUACUCAACAACGCUUAUUCCACGCAAGGCACGCCAACUAAGCCCAACUCGCUCUUCUUCGAGGUUCUCGACAUGAGCUUAGCGGAGCUUGACACCAAGAAGAAUGUCAAAGUCACCUGGCUUAGUGAGGGGAUAACGAAAGCCGACUCCUUCGACGUUCUGGUUCCCAAGCAAGGACAUAUCGAGGACCUCGUCCAGGCACUCACCAAGAAAGCCCAAAUCCAAGAUGAGCAGGAAGGCGGCCGCAUAAGGGUCUACGAGAUAAAUCAUCACAAGUUUUUCCGAGACCUCGCGCCCAACUAUCCGGUGGUCAGUCUCAACGACUACGCAGAUAUUAUCGCAGAACGCAUCCCGGAAGAAGAGGCAGACGCGGACGAUAGGGACUUCAUUAGGGUCGUCCACUUCCAGAACGAUUCGAGCCGAGUCCACGGCAUCCCGUUCAAGUUCCUGCUCAAGGAGGGUGAGCCGUUCUCGGAAACGAAAAAGCGUCUAGAGAAGCGAACAGGUAUCAAAGGGAAGGCAUUCGAAAAGAUUAAGUUCGCGAUCUUACGACGCUAUCAGAAGCCAGCUUAUAUUGGCGAUGACGAUGUACUCUUUGACGAGGGUGGUUCGCUAGAGGAUGAUAUCUUACUCGGAUUGGAUCACCCAGACCGGACUAGAGCAACGCGGAACGGCGGAGAAAUGUUCCUCAGGUAGACAUUGGCAUCUAUGUCUCAUCCAUUGCCGAGGUAUUCAACUCUAUCCUCUUGCAUACUGCCCAGAUGCGCUAGAUUUCGGCGGCGUGACAAGGAGAGGCUGUCUGAUGGUUCUAGCCGACGACGGCCUGCAAACCCGAGCAUACCUGUUGUAUUCAGUAGUCAUUGGCUUUCUACGGCGUUAUCGCCGAUCCGUCCAGAUGUGCUGGUGCUCCAAACAAUCGCACGAUGAAUAUAAGGCAAAGAGCAAUCAGAAUGGAGGCCGGGAGGGGUUCAAUAAAAAAUGGUAUUGCGGUACCUUCUACAGGAAUGAAGCGCCGCGGAAGUCCUAGGCACAGGACGAUGUCCGCAGGGCCUGAGCAAUAAGGUGGUUCUGUAGGCGACUUAGCCAUAUUAAUGGCGUGGCCGUCGUGAAAGAAGAACUGGCUGGCUAGCUAGGUGCUUGGCUGCCCAGGGAGGAAUUCACGGAUCGGGACCUCGAGGGCUUUACGACCGGACAACAACACUGAGAGCCUCGUCGUUUUGCCGCGGACCCGUGGGAGGGCUCGGUACCUCGGAAGAUAGGAUACAUAUGAUUAUAGAAGCUUCGACGCGGGAAGUAUUCUCUACUUUUAUACCUACCUCCCGUAAGGGCUGGGCCGGACCGGACACCGUGACCCUGUCUAGAGAGUGUCUAUGCUAUGCCAUAGCGCGCUAGGUAACUAUUGCCUAUCGGGCGGUGGGCGGGCUGUCGG